AUGCCCAUUGCUCUCCUCAAGUUCCCAAACGACCUUCUUCGAGAAGUCUUCAGACUCUGCGACCCAUUCGAAUUAUACAGACUAUCCAAGUGUUCCAAACAACUUUCUCAAAGAUCGAUAACGUUGAGAGAAACAAAGAAUUGGAAGAUCACCUACUGGGGAGGGAACGUGAUAACUAUAUGGGUAGAUGGUUCAAAUUACAACUUCAAUCAAACUGAUAACCCAGAAGACUAUUUUCAAAUAACGCUUGGAAGAUACAGUAACUACAUGGAUAUCGAAUUUCCAAACGGAGGAGGUGUCGAUUUGUUUUUUUAUCUACUCGACACUCUUGGGAUCUGCAUUGUUAAAUUGCUGGAAAUCACGUUUGGAACUGUUGCUAAUGUUUCUAAAGUAGCAAAAGUUUUGGUCGAUAGGAACAUGGACAUUGAAAGAUUUAGGAUUGGAAAUGUUGAAGAGGUGCAAGAUGUUGUCAAUUUUAUGCCAAUGUUGAGCCAGAUGAAUAUCACUGAAGAAUUCAAUUGUUUUUUGAAUUUUCCGCCAGAUUUCCAUUUCAAGUUUGUCAAGUAUCCAAGGAAGAUCAAUAUAACUGACGCUUCCUGGUUCAUCAUCGAUCAAUUACUGGAUUGCACCUGUGUUCGGAUCGAACUAGAAAAUUCUUCGUUUAACAAUCAUGAUUUGGAUGUAUUCCUUCAAAAAUGGAAGAUGGCUGGAACUUACCCGAAUCUUCGGCGUCUUCGAAUUCAAAGCGACCUCAUUGAUAACCAAUCGCCGAUUCUAGAAAUGAUUCCGCCAAUUCAGACUGUUAAUAAUCCAAUGAUACGAGUUUCAGCUUUUAUGUUAUAUGUGACAGUUAAGAUGUAG